ACACAAACAUAGAACGAUGUCAAACUACUUUCAAUAUGAAAUAGAGUGUAAACUCGAAGACUUCGUUUCUACAAAUUCCUCGUUGACCGUUUUGUUACAAGAAUCGGAGCCUAAGUCGUCGACCACACAAUAUAUUCUAGGAAGGAUGGAAUCGUCUGUAACUGACCGUCAGGAUUACUCGACAGCUGUCGGGCAAACUAAAAACGGAAUUUACAAAGAAGAAAUGACCAAAUGUAAUGACAUACCUGACGGUCAAGUUGCUGUUGUCGAAAUUUCUGGAACCCCAUCGCAGUCUACAGACCAGUUAGAAGCUUUAGCUAGUGAACAUGUGGCCUACUCGGACGACGUAGAAGACAUCUCGGACGAGAACUCGCUCGACGUGCUGGACAACUUUGCUUCGGACGGAGAAGAGACGGAAGUGACCGGAAGUCUUCCUGAUAUCCUUGACAACAUCAUCGAAACUAGUUAUCUUCAAAAAGAAGAUUAUUGUGACAGUAUUGACCAGGAUAUGGAUUAUAGUAGUACGAAACACCACCUGACAUCUGAUCUUUUAACAGAGAGUCGACAGGACAACGAAGGAGUUGAAAAUAAUGAUGCUGAGGCCCUAACGAGGUUGGAAAACUUGACUGCGGAUAUAACAAUGGUUAGAGAGGGUGCCAAGCUGCAAUGUGAUGAGGGCAAUGACGAAACACUCAGGCAAGUCGGUGUCACUAAACUGUGCAACGGAAAUGGAUCAAACGGCUGCAACAGCGAAGACGAUAAUAACAGUUACAACAAUAAUAAUAAUAUGAGAAACAAUGAUGACAGCAGCAGUAGGAACAACGAGGAUGACAGCAUCAAGUGCAGUGACGAUAACAACAACAACAGCAACAACUGCAAUAGGGAGAACAGUAACAGCCAAAACGGUGAUGAAGAGGAGACUACCACCACCACCAACAACAACAGCAGCAGCAGCAGCAAUAAUAUCAGAAACAGAGAUCCACUUGAAAGAAAUGACACGAGUUCAGUUCCUGCCCAGAGAAUACAUCAGGAAAUGAGCAUAGAAGAACGACAGAUGCUGAUAGACAAGAUGAUAUCACUACAAAGGAGUACAAUUCAAGCUAACAGACGACAUAGCUGGACUGGCAGCUUAAAGAUAGACAACUAUGACAUUGGUACCAACAUAAAAACUCGAAAAUCCUCAAUAGGUUAUGAUUUGCCACCAAAAGUAAAUCUGUACAGUGAAAAUAUCCUUCAAGAAGAAGAAACCACUGACAGUGUUGACCGUGGUUCAAUAGCUGACCUUGGGAAUAUCAAACAGAAUUGGGAGAACCGAUUGGUGCAAUCAACUAAAGAAAGCAAACCACUCGUGAAGAAGUCAAACAAAGUGGUAAGACAUUGGUCUGUGAAGCUGAACGACACUUUGGGGAAACCAACUGCCAGCAAAAAGAAUAUUGUGCCAGACAGUUCUUACCACGAUAACCAAAACAUGAACUCCAAUGUAGAUCCUUCUGAUGAGGGUGAGAGCGCAAUUGAACGUGAGAUACGGUUGGCAUUGGAGCGUGAAGAAUCUCUGAAGCGAGAACAGGAACUUCGUCUACUUCGUCUCGAGAGGGAGAGGGAGACUUCACAGGAGAAUAACUAUCAGAACCAACGCAAUGAUUGCUUGACAGAACAUUUCCAACCAACAUAUCUUGAAAUGACAGAAGCUGACCGAGCUCAUGAAAUUACAAAACGAGAAAAUGACCUCCAGUUGGAACCAGAACUGCCAAAGACUUAUAAUAGUUUUAGUCAUAGUGCUGUUACUAGAAAUAAUAACAACAGCUAUGAAAGCAAAAUGAAAGUAAGUGGCACUGAAAAGAAUGAAGAACCGACGAAGACACCAGUGGAAUACAGAGAAACUGUGGUCCAGACAGAAAUACGUUUGCAGAAAGAAAAAGAAAAAAAUUUUGCUCGAAGAUCCAGCAACUCCGACGACAACAAAACUGAUAGCAAUGACAAUAACAACAACAACAACAGCAACAACAACAGCAACAACAACAGCAACAACAACACAGAUAAGACUGAUUCUGCUGACUUUCACUGUGUAUAUAGUUCCACCUUGAGCUCUGACAAACCUGUGAAUGAACCACCAAAAGAAAAACUUGGUUCUCCUUUACGAAUCCCUCCUACGAGCAAAAUCGCUCAAGAACUCCAAGAAAUCAGACAACGGGAGGCAGAACUGAAACGCAUGCGACAGAGUUUGAUUGAAAUGAAAAUGGCAGAUGAAGAACCAACAGAGAAUGUUGUCAAUGAGUGUACGGUGGAAGAGAAGGUUACUGAGGCUGCAUCAGUGUCAUGUGAGAGUGAUAAGGUCAAUGGUAAUGUUGAGAACAGCACAGAAGCAGCAGCAGCAGCAGCAGCAACAGUAAAUCCAUUUGAGACACCAAUUGAAAGAGAAAUCCGUCUGGCACAGGAACGAGAAAUGCAGUUCAGACUUGAUAAGGGGGUCCCUGUUGAGAAAAAGCCCUCUGUUGUGGUGAGCAAAGAUAAAAAGAGCCAGGUAUCAGUGAAACCAAAAUUUUCAUUAAAGAACAACACUGACAAAGGCGUCACAAUGAAGAAAAUUGCUUCAAGCCGUCUUCAGGAGGAAAUAAAGAAGGAGGUCAAACGAGAAGUGAGUUUGCGAGACAGUGGGCGAAUAAACACAACUUCAGUGGAUCGAAUGGGGGAACAGAUAAGAUACAGAGAGGUGUCCCCCGUCACUCCGAAACGAAACUUCACAACUGUUAGAAAGUCAUCUGUAGCUUCAGUAGACAGUGUCCCAGAAGAUACAGAUUGUGUUGAUGGUCCUAGCACAGUAGCAACAUCAGUGGAGCCACAAAAAUCUACUGGCCCUAAUUUUAAAAUUCAGAAGCCAAAAGUGUCAACUACAUUUUCAUACCGAGAAGUUAAGAGCAAUGCUGGCAGCCUUAUUGAACAGGAAUUACGAGAAAUGAAAGAAAGGGAAGAUGAAUUAAAAAAUCAGCGCAAAAAUUCAGUUCCACAACUUUCUACCAUCAUCACUGAACAUAAUGAUGAAGAAGAAUAAAUCAGGACAUUUAAUAUUUCAAGCGGAAUGAUGAAACUCUAUGAUCUGUUGUGGAACAUUGGUUCACAGAAACGGAGAGUCAAGGAAAAACACAUAUUUCACUUAUGUAGACUGCAUAUUCACUUAUAUACGUACACAUGUACAUCCUAUAUGUCUAGCAAGCAUCUGGCCAUGUUGUAAAGAAGAUGAAUAUAUAUACAUGCAUACACACACCACACACACACACACAUAUAUAUAUAUAUAUAUAUAUAAUAAAAAUAACAAGGUAAAA